AUGAUUAUUGAUGGUAUCAGUGAUAAAGGAGCAGUUUAUAAAAUUGUUUUACCUCCUCUUGAUGAAACAUUGAACAGUUCCAUCAAGGGAAUUUACAUUUGGUGUCAUGGUUAUAGACCAGUUGGAAUACCUUUAACUGCAGUAUUUGACUAUCAUUCCGAACCAUAUGCUACCUUACUUAGAAGAGGUUUUAUAUUAGCAUCAACUUCUUAUCGUAGAGAGGGAUAUAUAUUAAAGGAUUCAGUGGAAGAUGUAAAUGAUUUAAGAAAUUUUAUAAUUGAUAAAUAUUGUAAUGGAAAUUCAGAAGGAUUAACUGUAAUUUUGGAAGCAGAAUCAAUGGGAGGAGCUAUUGUUACACUAUUGAAUGAAAGAUUUACAAGGAAUGAAUUUAGUGGAAUUAUUGCCACGGGAGCUGCUUUGUUUAUUCAAAAAGAUCCAAUUGAUGAUCCUAUUCAAUUCUUGUACAAACCAAAGAUUCCUCAGAUUUAUAUUUGUAAUUCUAGUGAAAUGUCAAUUGUUAAAGAUUAUAUUGAAAAAUCAAAAGAAGAAAAAGAGAAAGAUACAUCAAUUGUUAUUCCUCAAUUGUUAUAUAUUGAGAGAGAGGGACAUUGUGAAGUUUAUUGUGAAGAAUUGCAAAUUGCCUUCUCAGCAAUGUUUGAAUGGUUGAAAGAUGAAACUUAUUUUGAAAAAUUGAAUCAGGAAAUUCAUGAUAUCACCUUGUAUGAUUUAGAUUUCGAGAAGGAAUUGGAAAAUCCUGGUUUGGAAAUUAUUGAACAUAAUGAAGGAACAAGAGGAGCGUGGAUUUAUGUUGAUGAACUCACUCUGUAUAAUGAGGUUAUUUUGAGAAUUGGAAGACAAGAUUUUAGAAAGUUGUUUAUUUAUCCUUACAAUCAGUUUACAAUUUAUAUUGCAAAAGAUAGUAAGCCAAACACUAAAUUUGAAUUGGAUGAUUUGAAUAAUGAUCAGAAAGUGAAUAGAUUUGAUAUUCUCCAUGCUAGUUAUCCAUUCACUGGUAUUCAAAUAGGAACAUUGGUUUCAAGUUUUAAUGUUGAUAAUAAUCUCAUUAUUAGAAGACAUUUCACAGGAAAUAAUUUGAAUAUGGCAGGUACUGAAAUGGGUGUGCAAAUUUCUCAUCUAGUUUUUAUUUUAGAAAAGCAAAGAUUCAAAAAGACUAGAAAGGUUGUAAAUUAG